AUGCGAAUCAGAGCUUGCUUUCUGACACAUUUCCUCAUACAUGGAUUCGUUGAAAAGUGUUGCUGUAACAAUGAUCUUCAUUCCAACUCAUUGCCCAUUUUCAUAAAGCCUGAAUCUUCGCCAUACACGCAGCAGACCUGCGUACCGCCUAGCUCCGAUCAGCUCUUGCCCAACAAAGUCUCAAUUGAUAGCCGGCACGGAUCUUCUCUGAACUCUUGUAUACCUUCACCAGACUCCGAAUCGUCAAGGGCACUGAAAUCGUCAGUCGGUCUGGUCUACAAGUUUGAUCAAGUUGAUGUCAAACCGAUCCUCGAAUCUGUGGAGUUGGACGAUGACCUGGAUGGAUUUGUCAAACAAGAGUGCUACCCGGGCCAAGACAACAACAACCGGGAGCCGGUCUGCAUAUAUCUAAACUAUGCUUUCGAUCAUGGAAGGGGUAUGGUAUAUCUGGCUACCCCAUCUGUAUUCAAAGCAAUACUACCAAAUUUUACAGUCUUCAAGCCGAAAAAAGACCCUAAGGCUCAGGAAAACCUCAGCGGCAAGAGGUUUGAGGUCGUGGACAUGCCUCAUAAGGGUGGAAAGGGUACAGUUUCUCUACAGAGGUUUUAUCCUGGAGACUUAAUCGUCAGUGAUCACACAGUCUUCGUGAGCAUGACCGAGCCAGAUGUAUGGAGAAGGGAGGAUAUCGGUGACAUCAUGAAGACAGCAGUGGACUAUCUUCCAUUCGAGACACGAGCUACUUUUGCUACUCUUCACGGUGAAGGAGAGACUCAAGGAGAAUGGAUCAAGUCGGCUUUUGAACGCAACAAUUUCUAUCACGUUCUGAAAGUUGGGGAAUAUGAACGUCCCUUCGGAGCUGUUGUUUUCGAGCCUACUCGACUGAAUCAUGAUUGUCGCCCCAACGCUGGCUACCACUUUGAUACGGAGACUUUACAAAUACACGUACAUGCACUUCGAGAUAUUUCGCUGGGUGAAGAGCUGACCGUCGCAUAUAUCGGAGGGGAACUGCUGUCUGACUAUCGCAUUGAGAAAAUCCAAGAGUUGACAACUGUAUUGGACGAUUGGAAGUCAACUUCAGUAGCAACUCCUUCUAUGGCUGAACGGCUCGUAAACCUCUACAAGCUGGAGAGACUAGACGUUUCCAUACACAAGGCUUAUUUGAAGGCAUCCUUAGCAUACAAUGCUAUUGGAGAAUGGGAAAGAUCAAGGAUCUAUGCUGCUUUGGCCUUGGCUAGUGGAUUGGUCGCUCUCGGACCUAAGUGGGCCGAAUGGCCUACAGCAAUGGAGUUGGAGCAAGAACCGGAGACGCAUUGGUCGUUCAAGGCACGGCUACUAAAAACUUCAUCUUGA